ACCACGUCUUUUGAUAACAUGGUGUCAGAAGUGGGAUAUUUUGCGAAAAAUCUCACGAUUUAAACGUUGUUUAGCGAUGAAAACGUAAAAAAACUGUUCUUUGAAGUUUUGCCGAAAAGUUGGAAGUAGUCGGCUACGGGAUUUCGCGAGUUUUCGAUCGUAAACGUCGCGUUGUUUACAUAACCUCAAAAUGUCGAACAUUCCGGUUCCUGAGCCCCUGAAACUGGGCGGAAAUGUAGAAGAGGCGGUGAAACAGUUCAAGCUGCAGUGGAAGUACUACGCGCUGGCCACAGAGCUGUCGAAAAAGGGAAAUGAUCUGCAGAUAGCGACGUUCAUGGCCGUCGUCGGGGCGGAAGCGGUUAUGAUGAUCGACGAUUUGGCCUUGACGGAAGCGCAGCAGGCAACGCCAACAGACAUUCUGCAGGCAGUGGAAGAGCACCUGGUGCCGGCAAGGGACGUUCGACUGGAAAGAGCGGAUUUCAACACGAUGGUCCAGCAAGACGGAGAAAAAAUCGAAGAUUUCGUGAAGCGGAUGCGGAAGAAGGUGAAGAAAUGCGGCCACACCCCAGCACAACAAGAAGAGAUGGUCAAAGAUCGUUUGAUUGUUGGCAUAUCGGAUCACCAGAUGCGGAAAAAGCUGUUGAAAGCCGGAAAUCUGACGGUUGACCAGAUGGUGGUGAAGGUCAAGGAGAGCCAGGACAUCGAGGACCUGGCCAGCAAGUAUGAGAAGAUGGCAGCAAAACAAAGCACAAGCCGGGAUGCAGGAGAAACGUUCAAGGUGACGGCCACGCGGAAGCUGCAGAAGCCGUGCCGUUACUGUGGAAACGAGCACGACCGAGACAAAGCGAAAUGUCCAGCGUACGGGAAAACGUGCAUCGGAUGUGGAGGAAGAAACCAUUUCAAGAACGUUUGCUGGAAGAAGGGACGGAACCAAAAUCGGAACAAGAAGCAUCACAAGAAGCACGUCCGGCGCGUGGAGGACAGUUCCGAGAGCUCUGCGAGUUCAGAUACCGAGGAAGAGUGCGAGUUUGUCGACAUUGCCAAAGUUGAUGGGAAAAAUCUGAAAGAGGCUGGGAAGAUUAUGGUCGAACUCAAGGUGGCCGUAGGCGCGGGAAAAACUUCGCCGCUGGAGAUCCAGGUCGACACUGGCGCACGGGUUAACGUUAUGUGCUACAAAGACUUGAAGCAGCUACUCCCGGACCAACAGUUGAGCCCCACGAAGGUGAAGCUGAGGUGCUAUUCGGGGAAGGUGAUUGCGCCCAAAGGCCAGGUGGACUUGGAGAUUAAGCUCAAGAACGGAACCAAGCUGUUGACAUUCAUCGUGGUCAAGAAAACACGGCCACCACUGUUGUCGUCGCAAUCGGCAAUGGAUUUGGGAAUUAUCAAAGUCCACGACUUGUACAGUAUCGACACGCUCCAGCAAGAGUGCCACCACAUCUUGACUGUCCAGCAGAAGCCCCGGCGCAUUCCCCUCGCGUAUCUACCGGAACUACAGUCCAAAAUCAGCGAUUUGGAGAAGAAAGGAAUAGUGGAGCCGGUAAACAAGCACAUGGACUGGUUGUGCAACUUGGUGCUGGUGAAGAAGGGAACCAAAUUAAGGCUUUGUUUGGAUCCAGCGGAGCUGAAUCAGGCGGUGCGGCGUGCGAACCAUCAAAUCCCUACAAUUGAGGAGAUGCUGCCGGAAUUUGCGAAGGCGAAGGUGUUCACAGUUCUGGAUGCCAAGAACGGAUUCUGGCACAUGGAGCUGGAUGAGGAGAGUGCCGAUCUAACUGCAUUCUGGACACCAAUGGGUGUGUAUCGCUGGAAGCGGAUGCCAUUUGGAGUCGCGUGUGCGUCCGAGAUGUACCAGAAGGAGCAGCAGCAAGUAAUCGUCGGCCUGCGCGGAACGCGAUGCAUCGCAGACGACGUCGUGAUCUACGGAUGUGGCGAUACCAUGGAACAAGCGAUGUUGGACCAUAAUCGGAACUUGGAAGCUGCCUUGAAGAGAUUCCGCGAGCGAGGUCUGAAGCUGAACCGCUCGAAAGCAAAAGUGGCGCUGUCAUCGGUUCCGUUUUUUGGUCAUGUUCUGACAGACAAAGGAGUGAAACCCGAUCCAAGCAAGAUUUCGGCAGUCCUAAACAUUCCAGAACCCUCGGACAAGAAGCAGCUGAUGACGUUCCUAGGAUUGAUAACGUACCUGGGCAGAUUUAUGCCAAGAUUAGCGGAUGUGAGUGCGCCGCUAAGAAAGCUGACCCGGGACACCGUGGAGUACGUUUGGGAUCAGGAAGCUGCCGGUGCGUUCAACCUGAUCAAGCAGCUAGUGACACAGAACCCCAUUCUCCGGUACUACGAUCCAACAGAACCUUUGCUGAUUCAGUGCGACGCAAGUCAACAGGGCGUGGGAUGCGUGCUGUUGCAGGAUGAAAGACCAGUAGCCUACGCAUCGAGGACGUUAACGAAGACCGAGAGGAACUACGCGUCCAUCGAACGUGAGUGCUUAGCAAUUGUGUUUGCGUGCAAGCGCCACGACCAGUACGUGGCAGGACGGCACCAAGUGGUUGUAGAGACCGACCACAAACCGCUAGAAGACAUCUUCCGGAAGCCGAUCACGGAAGCACCUCUCCGACUGCAGAAAAUGAGGAUGACGCUGCAAAGAUACAAUAUCCACGUUCGGUACAAGAAGGGAAGCGAGAUGUACAUAGCAGACUUGCUGUCACGAACUGCAACAGAGAAACCUGCCCACAACCUGGACGCGGAAGUGAUGCUGAUAGAGAAGGUGGAUGCUGCGUUCGACGAGAUAGCGGCCACUAACGUUGUGGAACUCAUCAAUUUGUCGGACGAUCGGUUCGGUGAAAUCGCAACUGAGACCAAGAAGGAUACAACCCUGUGCAAGCUGAUGAGUGUGCUGAUCGAUGGCUGGCCUGAGCGGAAAGAAGACGUGAGCGAUGAGUUGUUGGUGUACAGGACGUUGCAAAACGAGCUCACAACGCACCGAGGAGUGAUCUUCAAAGGAGACCGAGUGUUGGUGCCGAAAUGCCUCCGCAAGAAGCUGAUCGAGAAGUUGCACGUAGCGCACCUGGGAAUUGACUACACGUUACGAGCAGCUAGGGAGUCGUUCUUCUGGCCAGGGAUGGCUGACCAGAUCACCAACUACGUACGAAACUGCGAGGUGUGUAUGGAGUUCAGCGCCAGUCAAUGCAAGCCACCCAUGACGUCACACCAGAUACCGGAAUAUCCCUUCCAGCGUGUGAACAUUGAUUUGGCAGAGAUCAAGCAAGAGGGCAAGAGAAUUCUCAUGAUGGUCACAGCGGACAGUUUUUCUGACUUCGUUGAGGUUGACCUGCUAGCCGACACGAAGACCAAAACUAUUGUUGCGGCGUGCAAGCGCAAUUUUGCCCGUCACGGAACGCCACAAGUUGUUGUCACAGACAAUGGACCGCAGUUCAGCAACGAAGCGUGGACCAAAUUUGCGAACGAAUGGAGUUUCAAGCACGUGACGUCUGCUCCAUACCACGCGCAAGGAAACGGAAAAGCUGAAUCAGCGGUCAAGUCAAUGAAGCAGCUGUUCAAGAAGUGCGCCAAAAGUGGUACUGAUUUCUGGCAAGCACUGCAACAACAUCGGAACACGCCAAACGCCGUAGGAACAAGCCCCAACCAGAGAAUCUUCUCGAGAAACACACGAAGCACGAUUCCCGUCAUAACAAACAAGUUGCAGCCGCCUCGAGCAUCACACGUGGAAGACCGGAUCGAGCAGAAGAGAAAAGUGGUCAAGGCGAGUUAUGACAAACAUGCAAAGGAGCUUCCGGAGCUGAAGAUCGGGGAAAACGUUAUGGUACAACGACGACCUGACCUAGACAAGCAGUGGGAACGAGCAACAGUUGUGCACCAAUUUCCGGACCAAUCGUGCGAUGUACGGCUAGAAGAUGGUGGCGUGUACCGACGCAGCGCAGUGCAUAUUAAACCGGGAGGUCAACAGUUUGCCAACCAGAUCCGAGAACCAAGGAUAAUGCGACCACCGACACCAACAAGUCCAGUCGAGCAGCACCAGGACGAACCAAAGCAGACGAUCUUCGAGAGACGUGACUACAACAAGAAAGGCGGGGACAGCGGUAUCGUCGACAAUACACCAGAGAGCAGGGAGCGAGACAACGAGACAUCGACAACGGAAACAACCAACAGAGCAGAGCAGAGCAGGGGUGGGCAGGAGCGUUCUAAACAGAACGAAGGGCGUCCAAAAAGGGAGAUUAAAAAACCAGCAAGGUUUUCUGAUUUUGUAGUUUGAGCACAGGGAGUGCAUAGCUUUUGGAAGAGGGGAGAUGUUGUAUUUGAACCACUCUAUCGUAACAGUUACAUAUGAACCACCCUAUACCUUAUGUCAAUAAACAGUACACUUCAGACAGUUAACACCAAACCACGU